AUGGGCUCUUUGGCCUUUGACUCAGAUGUACAACGUUUUGUAAAAGAGAUGCCCAGAUUUGGUAAGUUUUUAAAAGACCUGCUUACGAAGAAUAGGUCAGUUCAACAUGAGACAGUGAAUCUAACUCAUCGCGUGAGUUUGAUUAUUGCUUCCACCAUGGUUCUGAAGAAGGGAGAUCCAGGGGCGUUUACCAUUCCGUGUAAUAUUUUGCUUCAUGCAUUCGCUCGUGCUCUGUGUGAUAAUGGGGCGAGUAUCAAGCUAACGCCCCUUGCUAUUUUCAAGCAAUCCGAAUUGGGAAUGCCUAGGCCGACUUCUAUACGGUUACAAAUGGCAUACAGAUCCAUCAAGAAACUAGUUAGGGUUAUAGAUGAUGUGUUGGUACAAGUGGGUAAGCUCAUGUUGCCUGCUAAUUUCGUUAUUCUGGAUUGUGCGGUUGAUAAAAAUAUUCCCAUCAUCUUGGGAAGACCCUUCCUUGCUACGGGCAGAGCGCUUAUGGACUCUGAAAAGAAUGAAAUCAAGUUCUGA